AUGAGCAAAUUGGAACAAAUGGAACAAAACGACGAUAAUAAUUACGAUACUGAUUUAGAUGAUCAGAUAGCAGAUCAAAUCGAUGAAUAUACACCAAGUCGGUUAACAUUCGAUGAAAAAUUAGUAGCUCAUCGUAGUAAUCGAUUGAAUCAAACAUUUGGUCAAAUAAAUAUACCAUAUGAAUCUCAAUUAAAAAUUGAAAAAGAAAUUAAUGAUGAAACUCUUGUUCCAUUACGAUGUAAAACACCACAUAAUAUUACAAGAGUUCAAAUCUAUGAAAAUAGUUGUCAAGCACUUGAUAUAACAAGUGAUUGGCAAAUACGAGCUCUUCUUCCAUAUGAUACUAUUACGAUUAUUGAUCGGCCAUUUUCUUUUAAUGAUUUUCGUGCAUUUGCUACUGCAAUUGAAGGAAAUCUCGAAAGUUUAACAUUACAUUCAGUAGGUUUAACAUCACGUUCAGUACAUGUACUUUGCCAAGCAUUAAACCAAUGUGUUCAUCUUAACUUAUUGGAUUUAUCAAAUAAUAAAAUUGGUAAGAAAGGUUUUGAAUCAAUAGUUGAUACACUUAGUCAUCUUUCAUCAUUACUUUAUUUAUCAUUGGCAAAUUGUGGUAUGGAAGAUUCUUAUGGUAUUGGAAUUGGUGAUUUAUGUCGACCUAAAAAACUUUUAGAAAUAAACUUAAGUGGAAACGAAUUUGGAGAAAAUGCAUGUAUAUUUAUUGGCAAUGCUUUGACUGAACAUAAGAAUUUGUCGUAUUUAAAUUUAAGUUGGAAUUUAAUUCGAGGUGUUGCAUCAAUUGCUCUUUUCCGAGGAAUUGAAGUUAAUCAAUCUUUAACAGAACUUGAUAUAUCAUGGAGUGGUCUUAGUUAUGAUGGAAGUGUUGCACUUCGUCGAAUUUUAAUUGUUAAUAAAGUUUUACAACGUUUAAAUAUAAGUAAUUGUAAUAUUGAAUGGAUAAGUGCAAAAUUAAUUAGUGCAGGUUUAAUAAAAAAUUCAACACUUCAUAUAUUAAAUCUUUCUUAUAAUCCAAUAACAACACAUGGUGUUCAAUAUAUUGUUCAAGCAUUAAAUGUAAAAACAAGUGCUGUUUCUAUGCUUGAUAUAUCGGGUAUAACUGUUUUUACUUCAACUGUUCGUCUUGCCGAAAAAAUUGCACAGCGAAGAAGUUUUAUUAUGAAAUAUGAUUGUGAAAUGCCUGUACAUGAUAUACUCGGUCGAGAAACAGCUACAAAAGGUGAUUCAAUGCGUAAAGUUAUUCAAUAUAUCGAUGAAAGACGUUGGCGUACAUUAGAAUAUUUUCGAAUGUUGGAUAAAAACAAUAAAUUACAAUUAGAUAAAAAAAGUAUUACUUUAAAUAUUGUGAAAUCAGGUAUACCACUUCAAACUGAAGAUAUUCAAAAUAUUCAUAAACGUCUUACACGAACUACAAGUCAACCUUUAACAUAUAAAAAUUUAAAUACUAUUUUUAAUGAUCAACGAAGACGUGAUCUAUCAUUGAAAGCUCGUCAAGAGAAACAAACAAAAGACAUGAGAAAACAUAAUCGAAAAAUUCUACAAACUGUCAGUCAUCAUUUUCCAGAUAUUGAAAUUGUUAGUAGAUAUCAAAAACAUAAAGACGCUAUUGAACAAUUGGCUAAGCCACGUACAUAUAGUGCUUGUCCUAGACUCUGA